AUUAUAACAUGAUUAAACUAUUUUUAAUCAUAAAUUUCCAAUUAAUGUGUAUGGGAAUCUGUGAAGGAAAUAAAAAAAAGCGUCAUAGGGCAAAGAAUAGCUUUACAGUUCAGAGAUUACCCCACAAUACAUUUAUGACUCCGCCCUUAGAGAAGACAUCUUCUUCCUCAGCAUCAAAGUAAACCCUCCGUCUUCACGUUCACACUUUGUUUUUCAGACCACAAUCAUAAAGCUGCAACCUUUUGUCUUCACCGUCUCUCUCUCUCUCUUUAAUGGGGAAAAUGCUUGUGGAAGUCUGUUUGAUAUCGGCAAGAGGGCUCAGGAGAGGUCCCUCGCUGUUGAAGCACCAGUGGUAUGCAGUCGGUUGGUUCGAUCCAGACAACAAGUACUGUACCACCAUUGAUGUUUCAAGAACAGACAACCCUGUCUGGAGAACAAAGUUUUCUGCCUCUCUCGAUGAUUCCGGCGUUCAAGAUUCCACGGCGGCUUUGCAUGUCGAAGUUUACAGCAGAGAGCCCAUUUUCCUGAGGGAGAAGCUUCAAGGGACGGCGACGGUUGUGUUGAAGGAGUUUCUGGCUAAGUAUAGUAAUAAGCGGAGGAGUUCUAUGAGGUCUGAAGAAGAAGAAGUUGGGAGCUUUCAGUUGAGGAGGAAAAACUCCAACAAGCCUCAUGGGUUUGUCGAUGUAUCCAUCCGUAUAUCUGCAGAAAGAGAAGAGUUUCUUGGUUCAUUUACUGGAGAUGUUGGAGGAAUUGUGUUGAACACCAACAGCGACAGCCACCCUGAAAUCAAAUCAUUCACAGAAGGAGCUGCUGGUUCAGGAGAAAUCCACCUGAGUGGUCCAUCGAAGCCGCCGCCACUGGAUCCUGUCAUCCAUCCGAACAAUCGAUCAAACGCGUUUCCAGUUCCUCAAUAUUAUCGCCACCCACACCCACCAAUGCAAUACCCUCCAAGCAACAUGAAUCCACCAAUGCCUCGACCUGGUUACCCUCCUCCACCACCGCCUUCACACGCAGGAUACAUACCUACGUUCCUCCCAAGAUCGGAGAACUUCAUCGACAUGCCAUCAUCUUCGUCAUCAGGAAGACCAGCAGCAGCAGCAGGACCGGGAUAUGUUCGGCCAGGACCAGCGUUUGCUGCAGGAGUAGGAGCCGGGGCUUUAGCUGCGGGCGCAGUUAUCUUAGGAGACAACUUCAUGUCCGGUUUCGAUAUGCCUUCAACUUUACCUCACGCAAGUCUCACCAUUUCAGCCGAUCCUCCGUUUUGAAACAUUCCUGUUGAUACAUGGCAUGUGAAAUUUGUUGACCAUUGUAAAUUCAUCCUCUUUAGCCCGAAAAACAAGUCCCAGAUUCAAUCCGUC